AUGGAUUCCUCUUCCAUCUAUGGCGUCUCCUACUUCUUCAUUCUCCUCCUUCUACCACUCCAUUCCCUCUCCGCAUUCCCUCACAACUCUUCAACUACUCCCCAGAUUAACUCCAACUCCAUCCUCGUCGCGCUUCUAGAUUCCCAUUACACCGAACUUGCCGAGCUCGUUGAGAAAGCACUUCUUCUCCAGCAGCUAGAAGACGCCGUCGGCAACCACAAUAUCACCAUCUUCGCACCGCGAAACCAGGCCCUAGAACGUGACCUGGACCCCGAGUUCAAGCGCUUCCUCCUCGAGCCUCGCAAUCUCCGCUCCCUUCAGACACUCCUAAUGUCCCACAUUCUCCCCACGCGAAUCUCCUCUCACCACUGGCCCGCCGCCGACCGCCGCCACGCCACGCUCGGGAACCACCACCACCUGCAUUUGGCCACCAAACCCUCCGGCCAGAAGACUGUGGACGCCGCCGAGAUACUCCGCGCCGACGACGUCGUCCGCCCCGACGGUGUCAUCCACGGCAUCGAGCGCCUCAUCGUCCCCCGAUCCGUCCAGGAGGACUUCAAUCGCCGCCGCAACCUCGCCGCCAUCUCCGCCGUCCUCCCGGAAGCCGCGCCGGAGGUCGAUCCCCGCACCCAUCGACUAAAGAAGCCUGCCCCCGUUCCCGCCGGCGCGCCUCCCGUGCUCCCAAUCUACGACGCCAUGGCUCCGGGACCAUCCCUCGCGCCGGCGCCGGCGCCGGGACCUGGAGGCCCGAAGCAUCACUUCAACGGUGAGCGGCAGGUGAAGGACUUCAUCCACACGCUCUUGCAUUACGGAGGGUACAACGAAAUGGCGGAUAUUCUAGUUAACCUAACGUCUCUCGCCACCGAAAUGGGAAGGCUCAUUUCGGAGGGUUACGUUCUGACCGUUUUGGCACCAAACGAUGAAGCGAUGGCGAAGUUAACGACGGAUCAGUUGAGCGAACCGGGCGCACCGGAGCAGAUUAUGUACUAUCACAUUAUUCCUGAGUACCAAACCGAAGAGAGUAUGUACAAUGCCGUUAGAAGGUUCGGUAAGGUCCGGUACGAUACCCUGCGGUUGCCCCAUAAGGUUCUCGCUCAGGAGUCCGACGGUUCCGUUAAAUUCGGUCACGGCGAUUCCUCCGCUUACUUGUUCGAUCCUGAUAUUUUCACCGAUGGAAGGAUCUCCGUCCAGGGAAUUGACGGCGUUCUUAUCCCUCCGGAGGAAGAGGAAGAACGCACUCACCGCACCACUCCACUUGUCAAGGUUGCCGCUAAACCAAGGAGAGGGAAGUUGAUGGAAAUGGCCUGUAGCAUGCUUGGAACUUUUGGACAAGUCUGCCAAUGA